GGGGAAUAACAAACAAGCAACAACAGCGACCGUGAUGAUUGGCGGAAUCGAAGGGGGUGGCACAAAGACCACGAUGGUCAUCAUGGAUGCCAAUGGCGUCGUUGUGGGCCGCAGCGACGGCCCAGCCACCAACCACUGGCUGGUGGGCAUGGACACCACCAUCGAGCGCCUGCACGAGCUGGUGGUGAAGGCAAAGCAGGACGCCGGAAUCCCAGAGUCCGAUCCCCUGGGUGCCCUGGGCAUGUCGCUGAGCGGCGCGGACCACAUCGACGCCCGCCGGCAGAUCAAGGAGGGCCUAAUGAGCCGCUUCCCAAACGACGCAAAGGCAAGCCACGUGGUCUCCGACACGUACGGUGCCAUCUUCACCGUGUGCGACCAAGGCGGCGUGGUGCUCAUUGCCGGCACGGGCUCAAACUGUACGCUGGUCAACGCAGACGGAUCACAGGCAAACUGCGGCGGAUGGGGACACAUGAUGGGCGACGAAGGCGCAGCGUACCACAUUGCGCACAUGGCCCUGAAGACUGUGUUUGACUCUCUGGACAACCUUGUGUUUGGUGACGACACCCUUCUUCCCAUCGACUACGUGGAGGCGGCAAUGAAGCGAUACUUCAAGGUCGAGAACCGCAAGGACAUGCUGCCGCACCUCUACGCCAAGUUUGACAAGUCCUUCUUCGCUGGCUUUGCUGUUGAAGUUGCCAAAGGUGCUGAGAGCGGGGACAAGCUGUGCAUCGACGUGUUUGAGCGUGCCGGCGCGUACUUGGGGGAGCAUUUGGCGGCCGUUUCGCCUGCGUUCAAGGAUUCCCUGACAGAGCGCGUCACCAUUGUGUGUGAGGGCUCCGUCUGGAAGUCGUGGAAGCUCUUUGAGGCAAAGUUCACCGAGGUUGUCAAACGCAAGGUGAAGACCACCAAAUGCCUUGAGCUUGCGCGCCCGACUGUGAGCGCGGCCCACGGUGCCGCUGUGCUCGGUGCGCGGGAGGCAAAGGUGCCACUCACCGUGGACGUCGCACAGAACAAGGCUGUCCUCGCCACCAUCACCCUUGGUUGACGCCUUUGACACUGCACAAACAAAACAAGGAGAACAAGGAGAGUGGAAGAACGGGCGCGACAAAUGCCCACUGCCGAAUUUCCCUGGUUAUCUUCAUCUUUUUCUCUGGUCUGCAUGCACAAUUAACGACGCUUCCCACAAACCAAAACAACCCACUAAAACAACAAGC